UAUGACACAAUGUCUGCUGGUAUAAAAAGCUAGGGCCACUCCUUUCCCAGCCUCCACUUGUAUGUCUGGAGACCACUCCGGUGCUUUGCAGCGAAUAAAGGGAGGAGGCUGCGCGAGUAUACAGCACGGGAGACAGAGAGACAGAGAGAGAGACAGACAGAGAGGAGAGGAUGGCCACCCUGGUACAAUCCGCAGAAAUGGAGACUUUAGGCGGCCAAAGCACCACCGGGGCGUCUCCGACAUCCUCCAGCCCCUCGCAGCACUUCAACGACGGCAAAUUCUACCUGCUGGUUGUGAUCGGGGAGAUCGUCACGGAGGAUCACCUAAAGUGUGCCAUUGCGGACAUAGAGAAAGGUAUCCGCUCAUGGGACACCAACCUCAUCGACUGCAACCUGGACCAGGAACUCAAGCUGUUUGUCUCCAGACACUCAGCUCGUUUCUCUGCAGAUGUCAGAGGGCAGAGAAUUCUUCACCACAAAAGUAAUAUCCUGGAGACGGUGGUGCUUAUCAACCCUUCAGAUGAAGCAGUCAGUACCGAGGUUCGUUUGAUGAUCUCUGACACAGCGAGACACAAGCUUCUGGUUCUCUCAGGACAAUGCUCUGAAAACAGCGGGGAGCUGAUUCUUCAGUCUGGAUCUUUCUCCUUCUUCAACUUCAUUGACAUAUUCACAGACCAAGAGAUUGGUGAAUUGCUCAGCACCAUUCACCCGGCAAACAAAGCCAACCUCACACUCUCCUGCCCUGAACACGGCGAGUGGAAAAACUCCAACUUGGACAAACACAACCUGCAGGACUUCAUUAACAUGAAACUAAACUCCACGCUCAUACUCCCUGAAAUGGAGGGCCUCUCAGAGUUCACAGAGUAUUUAUCUGAAUCUGUAGAGAUCCCAUCUCCUUUCGACUUGUUAGAACCACCAACCUCUGGUGGAUUCCUCAAACUCUCCAAACCAUGCUGCUACAUUUUCCCUGCUGGUAGCGGUGACUCUGCUCUCUUUGCCGUCAACGGCUUCAACAUGCUCAUCAAUGGUGGCUCGGACAGGAAGUCUUGCUUCUGGAAGCUGGUGAGACAUCUGGACCGGGUCGAUUCCAUCCUCAUGACCCAUGUCGGUGAUGACAACCUGCCGGGCAUCAACAGCAUGCUGCAGAGGAAAGUGGCAGAGCUUGAAGAGGAGCAGUCACAGGGUUCGACAGCCAACAGUGACUGGGUGAAGAACAUGAUUUCUCCAGAUAUUGGUGUUGUGUUUGUGAAUCUUCCUGAAAACCUGGAGAACCCAGAACCUAAUUACAGAGUGCGGAGGAUUGUUGGGGAGGCAGCUUUAACCCAGCAGUUCAUCACCAAGCUGAAUUUGAGGUUGGAGCCUUUGCAGAGGCCUGUCGGAAACGCAAUAGAGCCGCUCAUACUUUUUCAGAAAAUGGGCGUUGGGAAGCUUGAGAUGUAUGUGCUUAAUCCAUCAAAGAACAGCAAGGAGAUGCAGCACUUUAUGAAGCAGUGGACAGGAAGUGAAAAAGACACCGCCUCCAUUAUUCUGCCAAAUGGAAAAGAAUCUGAGUUCCCCGUCUCUUACUUGACUUCAAUCUCUUCACUCAUUGUGUGGCACCCUGCAAAUCCCUCAGAUAAGGUUGUGCGUGUUCUCUUUCCUGGAAAUGCCACCCAGCAUCAUGUCUUUGAAGGUUUGGAAAAGCUAAAGCAUUUGGACUUCCUGAAGCAGCCAGUUGUCACUCAAAAAGUGAUGUCUUCUAAUAUGCCAUCAACACCGACACUAAAGCAAGCUAAGAUGAAACACAGAACAGACAGCAAAGAGAGCCUAAAGUCUACCCCAAGGCCUUCACCAAGCAGAAGCAUCAGGAAAGAUUCCAAAGAGGAAACACUAGAAAAGGCAAAGACAGAUGCAGAAUCUUCUCAAGAAAAAACACAAAAGACUGAGAAGAAAGAAAAAGCCCCGCUGAAAAAGGAAAAGGCAAAGGCACCUGAGAAAGCAAAGGCAGAGCAAACAGCCCAAAAUGAAACUCCAGAGAGAAAGAAGUCUGAAACAAAACCCAAAAUUGAAAGGCCUGUGAAAAAGGAGACUAAAGUGUCUGUGGAAAAGAAAAAGGAGAUCAAGAAAGAGGUAGGAAAGAAAGAUGACACACCAAAAGUAAUGAAAGAUGAGGCAAAGAAAGUCAUCAAAAAGGAUAUCAGGAGAGACUCGCCUAUGAAGGAGAAGAAGGAAGAGAAGAAAGAUGUAAAGAAGGAUGUAAAACGGCCAUUUAAAGACACAAAAAAGACAUCAUCUGCGGGUGAUGAAAAGAGUCUAGCACCAAAACCAAAGCCCCUGAAAAAAGACACUGCUUCAAAGAAAGAUGCAGGAACCCCAUCAAAGUUAAAAGAGAAAGCAAAGCCAAAAGUGUCAAAGAAGGAGACAAAGGUGGGUGGUGGCAUACUUGCAGUGAGUGCAGCAGCUGUUGCAGAGGACCCAGAAGCAGUAAGAUCCCUGAUGUCCACACCAGAGGACCUCACAAAAGACUUUGAGGAGCUUAGAGCUGAAGAGUUGGUGGAGGAUGAUGCAACUGUGCAACAAGUUAAGGAAGAAGAGGCUGUGAUGAUCCACCAUGAAGAAAUAAUGCAAACCAAAGACUCACCUGAGGCAUUAGAGUCUGUGGAUGAGGGUAUAACCACAACGGAAGUGGAUGGAGACAAUGGAGAGACUCCAGAAGAACCAGUUCUUAAAGGAAAACUCAAUGGCAGUGUAAGUGAGAAGUUUGAAGACGAGGGCACUGUCAUGGAGGAGGGAGGGGAUUAUGAAGAAAAAGGAGAGGUAGAAGAAGUUUAUGAACCACAGAGAGUGGAACCAGAUAAAGAAUUAACUCCCAGUGAAGAUGAACACCAAGACAGAAAUGAUGAAGUCAAACCAGGACAUAGUGGUGAAGACAACAAUGAUAUAGCUAAUAAGAAUGUAGAAGCUCAGCAUGUCAGUGAGAAAGAACCAGAGAAACAUAAUCUGUUUCUAUCAGCCUCACCCAAAGUGUCCUCACCUAUUUCUCCAGCUGCAUCCAUCCAUGACGAGAUGUUCCCACCUGGCUUCGAGAGUGCAACAGCAUCAGAUGACGAGAACAGAGACGAACCCCCUGAGGAUUACACUGUCACCUCUGGUCACACUCAGUCCACCAUUGAGAUCUCCAGUGUGCCUACUCCCAUGGAUGAGAUGAUGACCCCAAGGGACCUUACAAGCGACGAAAACACCAAUGAUGAGUCUCCCUCACAGGAUGUUGGUAGGUUUGGGACAUCAGCAUCUGGAGAGUUUGACAGGAAGAAGCUGUCUCCGCUUCAGGAUUUGCCAGUGUCAGAUCACUCUCACAGUGAUGCUACGGAAGGCCAGGACUACAACCACUCUGCUUCCACGAUAUCCCCACCUUCAUCGCUAGAAGAGGAUAAAUUUGGUAAGGGGUUUCCCUCCUUCAGGAAAGCUGAAGAGUUUUCAGCUCAAGAGUCAAAUGAAAAGAAUGACAAAGACACAGCAAGACUUAGCUCAACUUCUGCAACACCGCCUCUUGUACGUUCUCCUUCAGUGGACCGCAAGGACAAGUUUGAUUCUCCGUCAUUGUUUGCUGCUCCAAUAGAACUGUCAACUACACUGGCAGGAUCCCCUAAAGCAGCAGUCGAUCCCUCCAUCAGCCCAGAUGACAAGACAUUGGAAGGAGCAAACUCGCCUCAGUCCUCUGGUCACACACCUUACUACCAGUCACCAGUAGAUGAAAAAGCAGGAGUUCUACCACCUGUGUCAGAAGACGAAGCAAAGGGGCCUGUAAUUGUAGAGGUCACAAGUGAUAAAGAGGAUAGCUCUAGUCGAGGUAGCCCAGAGCCUGGUGAGCCAGAACGAGAAAGUUCCUCCCCUGUAGAGAAGGUACUGUCCUCCCCAAAAAGCCCGCCUCCAACCGAACCUGAUUCCCCAACAAAGAUGGAAAAGUCACUCUUUGAUGUAGAUGAUAAGAAGACUGGAGAUUUAGUCUUGUCCUCAGCACCAAUGACCAAACUUGAGGACACUAAUCCUUUCACAGCUUUCAAAGAAGAGAGUAAAAUGUCCAUUUCAGAGGGUACCACAUCAGACAAGUCAGGAACCCCUCUGGAGGAGGUGGUAGCAGAAGAUACAUUCUCACAUCUAGCAUCAGCAUCUACCGCUUCACUUGCUACCAGCUCGCUGCCAGAACCAACCACUGACUCUCCUUCCCUUCAUGCUGAGGUUGGCUCUCCUCACUCAACAGAAGUAGACGACUCUCUGUCUGUCUCCGUGGUCCAGACCCCAACCACCUUCCAGGAAGCUGAGGGGUCUCCAUCCAAGGAAGAUAGCCCAAGGCCCAUGUCUAUCUCCCCAGACAUCUCACCAAAGACGAAAAGCAGAACACAGGAUACAAAAUCCCCAGAGCACUCCACCAUGUCAAUAGAGUUUGGCCAGGAGUCCCCUGACCACUCCUUAGCCCUGGAUUUUAGUAAGCAAUCUCCAGAGCAUCCAUCUGUGGGAAGCAGCUCACGUGCUACGAAGAAUGGCCCAACUGAGGUUGACUACAGCCCCUCAGAAGGACCAGAUGGAAGACCAUCUGAAGACCAUAGUUCUUUAGUGCAGAAGCCUUUUUAUUUUGAUGAGAGCGACCCAGUCCUCGCCGCUUCUGCAACCCCAUCAGAUGCAUCUCAGUCCACUCCCUCUGUGACAACUCCAUGCCAGAUGGCAGAGAUGCUACAUGCUGUGACGGAUAAAUCUCCAGCCACCCCAAAGGCAUCCUCUCUCACCCAUUCACCCCAUUCCAAUGAGCCAUCCCCAGUGCUAGGAGGCUCCCCUGCUAAAGACAGCCCACUUUCACUAUCUGUGGGAGGCAUUGCUAAUAAAUCUGACACACAGCAGAAAUACGACAAGUCGCCCUCACCUCCCAAAGCUGCUUCCCCAUCAUCGUCUUUUACCUUUUCAAAAGAAGGGACCUUUUCACCUCCAAAGGAGACUAAUCCUUUUAAAUGUGAUGAUUCAACACUUGAGGAAAAAUCCCCUGUGAGUCCCAAAGUUCCCUUUCCGUCAUAUCUACCUCUAUCCUCUGAUCCAUGUUAUUUUAAUUCUGCCUGUGGCUCUAAGGACCCAGAAUCCACUAAGAAGAGCCCCUCUGCUCCAUCUAAGACAGACGUCGACCUCUGCCUCGUCACCUCAUGUGAGUAUCGUCACCCCAAAACAGAACUGUCGCCAUCUUUCAUCAACCCUAACCCUCUAGAAUACUACAUCAAUGAGGAAAACGCCAUGGAUGAGGAGAAACCUCUGACCAAGUCAGGAGGAGGGCCCCCACCUCCAGGAGGUAAGCUUUCCGUCAAGCAGUGUGAAGAGACUCCACCUACAUCCAUCAGUGAAUCUGCCCCCUCCCAGACAGAUUCAGAUGUUCCUCCAGGGACAGAGGAGUGCCCCUCCAUUACAGCAGAUGCUAACAUCGACUCCGAAGACGACUCUGAGACUCUGCCUACUGACAGAACGCUGACCUACAGGCAUGCUGAUCCUCCUCCUGUGGCACUCAGGGACUCUGCUCCGUCUUCAGGCCACCAUGAUGUCUGCAUGGUGGACCCAGAGGCCCUCAAGGUCGAAGAAAACCUCCACAAUGCCAAUACAGAUGGAGGAGAAAAGGCCAAGAAGAAAAAGCUUGUGAAAAAGUCUUCCUCACCAGUCAGGAAGAGUGGUUUUUUAAAAGUGAAGGACACAAAGACUUCCUCUCCAAAGAAGAGUGUCGGAGAAGGGAAAGAUGCAAAAAAUGCAACCAAUACCUCUGCAUCCAGGGGUGUAAAAAGUGCCACAUCAGGAACUGGCAGUGGAAAGGUAUCAGGUGGGGCAUCUCUGCCCAACAUUCCUCCCAUGUACAUGGAUUUGGUUUACAUCCCCAAUCACUGCAACGCCAAGAAUGUGGACGCUGAGUUCUUUAAGCGGGUGCGCUCCUCUUACUACGUGGUCAGUGGCAAUGAUCAGACAGCUCAGGAGCCCAGCAGGGCGGUCCUCGAUGCUCUGCUGGAAGGAAAGGCCCAGUGGGGAAACAAUAUGCAGGUCACUCUGAUCCCAACCCACGACACUGAUGUGAUGAGGGAAUGGUACCAGGAGACCCACGACAAGCAGCAGGAGCUCAACAUUAUGGUCCUGGCCAGCAGCAGCACUGUCGUCAUGCAAGAUGAGUCCUUCCCGGCUUGUAAGAUAGAGAUGUAGGUCUGCUCGGCCGGCUCAGGAGGCCUGGCGACUGAUAAUGAAAGGGAUUGUUAUAUAAAGAACAUGAACAAAUCCAUGUUACAUAAAACCUAAGCAGACUCUUAAACACGUAUAUGCUAAAAUGCUACUUCUUCUGUACUAAACACUGAAAAAAGACAAUGAGGACUAACACUGAUACAAAUUAGCUUUGACAUUGUUUUCCUUAUAAAGAAAGACACCCUCAAGGUGUCUUUCCCUUUAAAAUGAUUGUACUGGGAGGAAAUUAGAAACCAACAAAGUCAUGAUUGUCCAAUUAAGCUCUCAUACAGUCAAUCAAAUAAUAAUGUUGUUAUUGAUGUAUUGAGUUUCUUCUGCAUCCCCAGAUCAAAAUACAUGAGUGCUUUUAAUCAAUUUAACUGCUGGCACGGAACAAAACACCCCUGCGUAUGGUAUAUUCUUGAAUAACGGCUGUAAUCCACACCAAAGGAUAAAACAACAUGUUUUCUGUUAUUGCCUUAGGGAGUCAAAAUGAAUGUAUAAGAGCUGGUAGCAGAAGAGUGGGCAGGUAGAGGUCAAUCCAAAAAAGGGACUGUUAAAUGGUUACAUAGUUGAAUGAUGGCACAUAUGAAUUAACUUGAAAGGACGCUGAUUAGCAUUAAUAUGAUGUCUUCAUAUUCAUCAUGGGCGAGACAAAGUGCCCCUACCAUUGUGAAACCUUAUGUUUUUAAGUCAGCCAUUUCAUUUAGAAUGGACGUUUUAAACCUGGUUUAUGUUGCUGCUGAUGUGUACAUUUAAUUUAUUAUGUUAAAUUUAAUAUAUAGUGCUUGAUUGUCCAGAUAGCCUUUUGCACUGCGCAACAAGAAGUUGCUUCUCUCUUGCCUUUUGCCGCGUGUAAUAUCUUAUUAUUUUACACAAUGCUUUUGGCUGAUCUUCAUUUAUUUAUUUCAGAUUGUCCGUUUUAUUUUCAGAUUUUAAGUUAUUAAAAAAUAAGAGGGAGAGAAUCAGAUCUUAUUUCUUAUACCCGUUUUUUAUGUAAUCAUUGAGCUGUGGGGAAGCUAGCCUUUUCCCAUUGUAAAGCUGGUAAGGCAGGAUAUUUUCAUAAACCUUAAAAUGUCUUGUUUUUCUAAAGCAUUGUACUAUAAUUAUAAAUAGCUUUGUGGCUGAUGGAGUGGUUGGAAGACAUGCUUGAUAUGUUAGGAUUUUUUUUCCUUUUUUUAUGGGGAUUUCGCUCAGAACAACAGGGCUAGGCUAAAUAAAUACAUGUAAGGAGCAUUUUAUGAUUUUUGCAAAUUGUGCCAUGACAUUGUAACAAGCAACUCAAAUGGCCUACACAUGUACACUGUAUCAAUAUAAAACUUGAUUACGGGUGCAGGACAGUAGAUUUUCAGGUUGAAGGCUGAAAAUUUUGUUGAGGUAAAAGAGUUUCUCCUCUUUAGCCGGGAUGAAAAGGUAAAAGUAGACACACAGGUGAGAGUGAGUGACUUGUGUGUUUAGGAUGAAAGUAUGUAAAACAAAAACUUGACACUUUAACCACAUACAUGACACAAACUAACAGUACAGAGGCCACAGAUCUGCACUGAUUGGCCGCCUUCCGGACAAACAAAUCACAACCCGACUAUUACAGGCUUUGGUACUUUGGGCUCUUCAGUCGACUCACCAAGCUCACCAGAUAUUUCUGAAAUGAUGUCAGGUGUUCAUGAAACCACUACAGACCAGUUUUCUUGCAGGGGAACCUCAAACCAACACCAUGACCAACAACAAACCAACAAACUCUGAACUGACAUUACUCUUGAACUGACAUUUCUCUUUUCUCUGUCUUCUUUCUCUCUACACUCCCUCUCUUUCUCUCUCUGUCUAUUUAUCUCUGCCUUUUUCUCCUCAUGUUUCUCUCGGGAGAACUUUAAUAAUGUUUGUCUGCAGCCGUGUGGUAUAUUUGUCUUGUGAUCUUGCAUCCUCUCUGCCCUUUUCCCAAACUCAUAUGUAACUUAUAGCAUUAGUUUCAAGUGAAAGUAUUCCUUAGUGCUUUCUGAUGUUUGUGUGCAAUAUUUCCUCUAAUCCAUAUGGCGAAUCUGAUGUAAGAGGAACCACUACUAAAGAACAAACAUUAAAAAACAACCACAGUAAAAUAUGUUGUGAAAAAUAA